ACGCAGCCAACCCAAGCGUCAGCUCUGGAAAGCAACCCACCCUACUCACCCUCCUCCUCUCCCUCACUCACUCCGUGGUCGUCGUCCUCCUCGGUCUCCUCGCCCCGGUCCACCCCCACUGACAAGUGGGCCCACCCCACCAUCCCCCCCGGCUGCGUCCGCGGCGAGCAGCGGAGGCCUCCACCUCGCCGGCGGCGGCAUGAGCGGGUUCUUGGCGGUGGUGGGGAAGGUCGGGACCUUCCUGCUGUGGCUGCUCUUCCUCGUGCUGCAGACGGCCACCAAGAUCGUCGGCAGCCUCCUCGCCGCGGGGCCACCACCGGCUGACGCCCAGGAAGCCGCGGCGGCGGCGGCUGCGCGGCGCAGGUCGCCGCCGGCGUCGCCGCACAGCGGUGGCGGUGCCACGGACCCGUACCAGCCUCCGCAGCUGUGGGACCCGCCGCCGCCGUCGUCUCCGUACUCGGCUGGCCACGCGGCGGACGAAUACUCCUCGUCCUCCAGCUACCGGCGGCGCGGGGCGAGCGCGCCGCCGGCCGAGGACGUGGUGGUUUCCUCCAGCUACUCGCGCCCCGCCGCGGCGGUGGCGUCGGCUCCCCAGGCUUGUACCGUGUCGUCGGCGCCUCCGCUGAGGGCGGUCGAGACCCGGUCGCCGGCACCGUCCAGGGCGGCGGCGGCGGUUGGGGGUAAGCGGCCGAAGCUGGAGAGGAAGUAUUCCAAGAUUGUGGAUCAGUACCGCUCAUUGGAUGAGGUUAUUGAAGCACUAGCGCAAGCUGGUCUUGAGUCUUCUAAUUUAAUAAUUGGAAUUGAUUUCACAAAGAGUAAUGAAUGGACAGGGAAGCGUUCCUUCAAUGGUAUGAGCCUACAUCAUAUUGGUGAUUCCCCAAAUCCUUAUGAGCAGGCAAUCACAAUUAUUGGGCAAACCUUGUCAGCUUUUGAUGAGGAUAAUUUAAUUCCUUGCUAUGGUUUUGGAGAUGCAUCUACGCACGAUCAAGAUGUGUUCGCUUUCUAUCCUGACGAAAGACCAUGCAACGGUUUUCAGGAGGCUUUGGCCCGAUAUAGAGAAAUUGUUCCUCAUCUUCGUCUUUCCGGUCCUACAUCAUUCUCUCCAAUAAUUGAAAUGGCCACAACCAUUGUUGAACAAAGUGGUGGCCAGUACCAUGUAUUAGUAAUAAUCGCUGAUGGACAGGUUACACGAAGUGUAGAUACUGAAUUUGGCCAGUUAAGUACUCAGGAGCAGAUGACUGUUGAUGCUAUUGUACAAGCGAGUGAAUUUCCCUUGUCUAUAAUUUUGGUUGGAGUUGGAGAUGGUCCAUGGGAUAUGAUGAAGGAAUUUGACGACAACAUACCUGCUAGGUCUUUUGACAAUUUCCAGUUUGUCAACUUCACUUCAAUAAUGUCAAAGAAAAUCAGUCAGAGCAAGAAGGAAACAGAAUUUGCCCUUUCGGCACUCAUGGAAAUUCCUUUGCAGUACAAGGCAACAUUAGAGCUUGGAAUUUUAGGGCGUCGGUUCGCGAAGUCACCUGAGCGAGUUCCACUGCCCCCUCCCUUUGCAAGCUAUAAUACAAUCUCGAGAGCAGCACCAUCUCGAGCAAAUAGCUUCCGCAGUAUGCCUUCUCAUCCUAGGGAUGAGGCACCUGUAGAUUCAGCAAUCACAGCAUCAGUUACAUCCCCACCAAGCGUGGAUGCUAGAGCAGCAGAACCUCAAAGUCACAUGUACUUGGGCAAUCUUUUUUCAAAUGUCCAGCUCUGCCCAGUUUGCCUCUCCAAACCCCGGGACAUGGCUUUUGGUUGCGGACACCAGACAUGUGCUGAAUGUGGACCGCAAGUCGAACAUUGCCCUAUCUGUCGAAGGCCAAUUGAUACAAGAGUAAAACUGUACUAAUUUCACCAUCUGUGAUGCAUAAAAGGUUUUCGUCGAAGGCCGCAUCCAUGGAGGACUCUAAUAGGCUGUUAUAGGAGUGCAGUAUGUACUAAUGUUGAUAAAAGAUAGCGGUCAAAUAAUCACAAUAAAACUUGUAUCCUCUUCUGAUGUAGGUGUGGUGAGUUAAUUGUUAUAUUUGUCAUUACAAGGAGUAACGGAAUAAUGUGGGACAGGGAGAAGUCACUUUGACUCCUUCCAGCUCUUCCAAAUGGUUUACCCAGGAGGUAUUCGAACGCUAACACGUUGCCGCUGUAGGAUACGGUGUUAUAUUUUUUUAAGAGGAAUAUGGUGCUUUCGAUGCCAAA